AUGGGUAACGAACAAUCAGGUCCAUCAACCUCAGCUGCCAACAAUAUCCUGAACAACCUGCCUAUUAAUGGUGAACAAAGCCAACCGAACAAUAAUUUUAGUACUUAUCGAAGGAAAUCGUAAGGUUUUGUUGGGAAAUAUGAUUAAAAUGGCAAGAUUUGUCUUUGUUUACAAAACAAAAAAUGGCAAAAAAUUUCUUUGCAAAAUACAAAAUGGCAAGAACUUUCUUUACAAAUUGAAAAAUGACAAGAACUUUCUUUACAAAUUGAAAAAUGACAAGAACUUUCUUUACAAAGCGUUGUUCUAUGAAAAGUGCUUAAAAAUGAGGUUUUAGGUCCGAAUUCCUGACAGACGAUGAAGAUUGUUACGGUGAAGACUACAAGCGUGUACAUAACAUGCUACGACAAAUUGAAAAGAAAAAAGUUGAAAAAGACUUGUCGGACGAUGAAUCCUCAAUAUCAGUUGGUGGUUUAGAUGAUGUUUUAAUGGAAAUGGACAUUUCUGUAAGCUUUCGGUCGAUUUUUGAGUAGAUUUUGCCAUUUUUAGAGCUUAAUUAUAUUUUCUUUGUUUUUAGUAUUAUAAGGUUUGUCAUAUUUUAACGGUUUUCUGCUGUUUUAGGCCUCCAAAUCAAAUCAAAACUCCCAAAGCCUACUACAAGAUGUCAAAACAGAACGAAUGGAGACCUCCUACAAUAUGGACGAGUUCUCACAAGACCUAGAUGAACUUAUGGACCAAGUAGAAUCAACAGAAUCCAAAAAGCUCGAAGCUUGGCCAGAGCCAAAGCCAAUAAAGACGGAGGUAUUGGAACGUUGGGAAAGGCCUUUAGAAUCGCCGGCUUUCAGUGCUUACAGGACGAUAGGUCGGUUCAAAGUUGAGGAAGAUAGUGAUGAUGAAAAGCCAGUGGAUUUGGAGGGCUUUAAGAAAGAGGGGUAGGUGACUUAUUUUUUUAGAAGUUUGGGGGGUGGUUUUCGGGGUUUUAGGGCUUAUUUUUAUAGGUUUAGGGGUGGUUUAUAAGGUAUUUUUGAUUUUUGAGAGGUUAGAGACUAAAACAAUAUUUUUUAAGUUUUCUAUAUUAUUUUUAUGAAAACUCCAUUUAAAGUUUAGCAAAUAGACACCCAGAAUCUGCAGUAUAUUCCACCUAACAAUAAAAAAUAAAUAUGAAAGCGCAGUCUGCGUAAAACAGGGCGCGAUUCGCUGCCGGAAAAUAAAACAUUUUAUUUUGUAAUUUUUUGUUUCGAGUGACCAGAUGGACAUAUAGGAAGAAGGUAAACGCUCUUUAUUUUGUUUUUAACAUUUUUAAUUUUGUUUUUGUAGUUAUUUCUUGAUUUAUGUUGUUUUACACUUAAAAAUCGGCUAAAAUCUGGAUUUUGAAGGUUAAUAUUUUAGUUUUUAAGGGUUUUUGUUUAUAAUUUUUGUUUAUUUGAAGGUAUAUUUGCUUUUGGUAGCUUUAUUUUAAUGUAGUGAAGUAAAGUAUAAUGAUUUGGAGAUGUUAUAACUUGUCUUUUUUGAAUUAGAGGUCGUAUAAUACGUCUGAUUUGAGGUUAGGUUGAUUUCGAGCCAAAAAUACGUCGCUGAUCUUUUACAAUUUCCGAGGCCAAUUCCGAAGAAAGAAUUUUAAUUUUAGUAAAUUCUCAAAAAGCCGCUCAAAAUGGGAAACUGCACAUCGGGCCACGACAUCUCGGAAAACGAAUAUCAACCCACAACGAACGAUCGAAGACGUUUGGUCAGGAGAAAUGACAUGCGAAGCGAUAGCAACGAUCAUUAUAACUAUUUAGUAUCCACGGGCCAAACUGGAACUGUUAAUAGAAGGGAAAAUCAGAAUCAGAGGCGUCAGAAUGAGAAUAGAAGUGUGGUACUGGGGGUGGUAGUAGCGAGCCAAGUGCAGUAUCAAGACAAGAUACAACAUCAAGACAAGGUGCGAGCUCUAACUCAAAAGAUAAUCAAAUAGUGACCUCGGAAUGCGUGAAUGAUUUGGAAAAACUAACAAAACAAGUCGGCAAAAUGAAGUUUGAUCCAGAAAUUGACACUAAUUCAUGGUAAGAUUAAGACUAUUUAGGGGGUUUCGGAAAGUCGUGGUAGAAUGAAGGGCAUACAAUCAAAUUGGAGUCAAAAAAUCUUUGAAUACGUAACUCAUGUAGAUAAAUAUGAUAUAAUAGAUAAGAAAAUAAGAAAUACAGUGGAACUCCUGUAUAAUGAACAACUUUUAACUCUCCAGCUGACAUUAAGGUAGAAUCAAUCAAAUGUAUACAAUCAAAUUGAAUUCAAAAAAAGCUUUGAAAGCAUAACACUCAUAAAGAACAGUACUGCAGAAAUACUUGCAUCUGGCACGUGAAUUGAAGCACUAGAAAGUCAAAAAAGAUUGUUACAGGAUUGGUAUAAUACAGCCAUAGAGAUAACGCUUUUUGUAGGUGCUAGUGCCAUUAAAUACAAUAGUUCUUGUAUAACAAACCCGUAUAACAAAAGAUCGGUAUAACGGUCAACUUUUGAAUCUUUGGGUACCACUGCACAGUGCAUUUAAAACUUUUCUAUAACGAAACUCCUUUAUAAAGAACAAUUAUUAAAUCACUGAGCGAUUUGCCAUAUAGUAGCUUUAUUGUAUAAAGCGAUUUGUUAUACAAGAGUUUUACUGUAUAAUGCGAUUUGUUAUAUAUAAAAGAGUUUUACUGUAUUUCACAGUAAUACCACCUACAAAACGCGUUACCUCUAAUUGACAUUACCUUUUUUGUCUUACUUUGUAAAACAUGAAUUGUAAAGUACGUUUUACUUUGUAAAACUUUAAUUGUAGAGUACAGGUAGAUAGAUAUGAUAGGUAGAUAUAGUUUUAUGCCUUUAUACGCUUUUUUUUAAAUCUUUUUUUCACUUUUUUCUCUUUUUUGUGUGUCUUUUCGUCUGUUCAUACGUUUCUUUUAUCUACUUCAUUUGUUCAUACCUUUCUCUUACUCAUUUCAGCGGUUUAUACUAUUCUUUUAUUCAUUCUUCUCUUCUCAAUCAUGCUAUUUCUUAUUCCACGCCAAAUAGUUGUGUCCGCAUAGCGUCAAUUUUGUGCGUGGCUUUUUGUCACACUAUUAUUCUUGUUUUUUCGUAAACAAAAUAGAUUUUGAAGGAAAAACAUUUCGCGAUAUUAAGCUAUUGAACUUAAGAUGUUUUUGGGCAUUAUAAUUGAAGUAAUAGCUUUAAUAGGCCUAUCUUUUGCCAUUUUCUAUAUCGAAAUAUGUUUCCCAGCUAUGUUUGUUGAUUUACUAUUAAGCGGGGUUUUAAUUCUAUUGCUAAGUGGUGUAUUGCACAAUUAUUUUGUCGAAAAUCCAGCUGCUGGUCCUUUUCUGGACCGAUUAUAUUCACGUUGGUGGAAGGAUAUUGUGGAUUAUUGGCGGAGGCAGGGACGUCGUUUGGGGGGGGUGGCAGGGGGGGCGGCCCGCCCCCCCCCCUCCAAAGCCGAUCCGAAAAAAAAUUCCACCUGUGGACCAAAAAAAAUUUUUCGACCUCCCCAGAGAAAAACCGUAGCGACGUCCCUGGGCGGAGGAUUCAGGAAGAACAACGGCUUCAAAGGAUUCAUGAGGAAGAACGCUGGAAAGCGGCUUUGCAGGCGCAAGCAAAGUUAAAUAAUGAAUAUUAUUCGAAAAACUGUAGACAAACGGCUACAGUGGAAAUCACUGCUGAUUCUGGGUCGGAUUUAUCUACAUGGUAAUCGUGUUUAUAGGGCGUUAUGAAGUGACAUGACAACGCUGUUUAAAAGUGUUUUCAGCAUUAGGUUGUUUAAAUAAUUCUGUGCCUCCUAACCCCAAAAAUUUGAUUUGAGGGGACACAGAAUUAUUUGAACAAUCUAAUAUGAUGUUGCCAUGUCGAGCUUCAUUUAAAAGCCUUAACAAGGCCUGUCUUGACUAGAACAGGGGUGGGAAUGUUAAGAUUUGAGAGAAAGAAGAGCCAGUAUCAAAACCUGGUUUAAGGUGGGAAGAGAGUAAAUUUGUCAAUUCUAAUCAGUAUUAAACAACUUUAUUUAGGUCUUUUACUCAUGCCGAUGUCAAGUUCCCAGAUGAAUAUGCCUACCUACAGAAACUCAACAAAAUUGACGAAGGAGCGGUCAAACAAAAUAGGGUACUUAGCUUUUUUAUUGUUUUACUUUGAUUUUUAGGUAAUAUUAUGGACAAAAGGGGUCAAAAUUGAAUCAGAAAGUUGAAAAAUUUCUUUCUAUGCUUUAAAAUAGCAAGAACAACUUUCUUUACAAAACAAAAUAUGGUAAUAACUUUCUUCACGGAAAUUAAAAUGGCAACAACUUCUUUUACAGAAAGUAAAAUGUCCAAAACUUUCUUUACAAAGCAAUCUUUAACACAAUUUCAGAUUUUGUUCGAUUACCUGAUGAGAGACCAGAACAACAUGACAGACCUGAUCCAAAAGCAGAUUGCCAUUAUUUGUCUUUAUUGGGCUCAAGGUCUCAUCGAAUCUAGGCAGCCAAUCUUUCUGGACGCCAUAUUGCAGUACAAGAAGCAUCGCAUAGUCAAAUACGUCGUAGGAGGCAAAGAAAAGAUGGCUACAAUAACAUAUUUUAGUUGUUUGAUGCCAGAAGAACGAAGACAACCCAACUUUCGGUCUGCGGCCGACAGGAUCAACUUGGUAACGGUGAUUCGAGAGGGCAUCGUGCUGUUUGAAGUGAGUUGUUUUAUUGUUUUUGAUUGAAUUUUAGGUAAUAUCUGGGAAGGAAAAGGUGAAGAAGAUACCAAAGUGUUGAGGAUGAAGUUAAGAUUGGUUUAAAAAUGGUUUUGAUAGAGUUGAUAUAGUUUUAGAUUGAUUUCCGACUAAAAAUAAGCUUUUCAACUAUUCCUUUCAAGCUUUUUCACUAAAUUUUUAAACUUUUAGGGUUUUGUUCACUACAAAAAGAAUGGGGAAGUCGUGUUGAAGGUUGACAGAGUGAAAAAGGAUCUAUUAACCGAGCUACAACAAGUUACAGCGCUAGAUGUUGAUUUAUACGAACAACCGAAUGAUUUCGUCCCUCAGGCAAUGUUGAAUGCUGUUCAAGGGGUGAAGAUGGGUCUAAUUGACAGCAUUUUAAUGCCUAAACCUACAGAGAAGGUAAGAGUUGAAUUGGAUGAGAUUUUCGAAAAUUGCCAUAUUUUACCGCUCUAACCUAAAAGAAUCAAUUUUAGGGUCUUAAAGAGUACGAACAAGCUCUGCAAAGCGCUCUACGACAGCAUGAUAAGCAGCCUCAUUUGGCCUUCUUGAAUGCUGAACAGAAAGCUGUCAUUCAUGCGGUCGAUACCCACGCUCACGCUGGAUUUCCAUUCGUCUUGUAUGGUCCACCUGGAACUGGUAGGUUAAAAUGGCUAAAACUUUGUUUACAAAACAGGAUAUGGCAAGAAAUUUCUUUACAAGGCAUAAAAUAGCAAUAACUUUCUUUAAAAAAUUAAAAAUGGCAACAACUUUUUUAAAAAAAUCUAAUUUGGACUUUUUUUUAGGUAAAACUGAAACAAUAUCAGCUUUGGUUUUAACCUUGUUGAAGAAGUCUCCAAGUACUCGAAUUCUGAUUUGCACUCCAUCAAAUAUGGCAGCGAAUCGAGUGACCGAAAAGCUAAUGGAACACUUUGGCAAUCCUUACAAUGAUGUCCUCACCAAACAGAAUCUGUUACGAUUGGUCUCCAGCAGCAAUGACUACGAGAAAAGGGAUAAGAAGUUUGACAGCGUGGUCUCAGCGUGAGUUUUUUAGUUUUUUUUUGGAUUUUUAAGGGUUUUUAGGCUUUGUAUGAUAGGAUUAGUAGGUUUGGGCUUAUUUGGCUUAAGUUUAGUAGGCGUAGGUUUGUUCUACUUUUUCGAAUAAUUUCAAAUUCCAAUAUAAAAAAAAAUAAUUUUUUCAGAAACCUAGCCUUAAAGAAGUUUGUAAUUCCGAACAAACCUCUCCUCAUAAGUCAACGAGUCAUCGUAUGCACAUUGGCAUCCUCAACUCACCUGAUCAAACGUGACGUGCCCCGAGGACAUUUCGAUUAUAUUAUGAUCGACGAAGCCGGCCAAGCCUCAGAAGCCGAAGUCUGGAUACCAUUGGGUGGAUUGGCCGAUCGAACGACCUCAGUGGUUCUAUGUGGAGAUCCAAAACAGUUGGGACCAGUAAUCACUCUAAAUCUACCUAAGUACAUGACUGACAAGUUCGUAUCACCGCUUCACAGAUUCAUGCAGAAUCCACAGUAUUUGAAGGAUUUGUAAGUUGUUUUAGAUAGAAUUGGCGUUUUUAUAUUAAGUUUGGCUAGAAAUGGCAUUUUUAUAUUAAGUGGCAGCUAGGAAUGGCAUUUUUCAAAACUAUUUGAAAGUAAAUGACAUUUUUAUGUUGUUGUAAGGUAUUGCAUCAGAAAAGGCAUUUAUUAUUAUUUUAGGCGAAUCUGCGUACAACUGAAAGAGUGCUUCCGUUGCCACGAUGCCAUUGUCAAUAUCACAUCGAAAUUGUUCUACAACAACACAUUGAAGCCGGGCGGAGAUGCCAAUCUCAAGGAACAACUAUCUGGAUGGAAGUUCUUGAGCAAAAAGGUAGGUUUUUGUAGCUUUAAAAGGUCUAGAACUUUGUUUACAUAGAGUUACAGCCAUUAUUUUAAUUUUAAAUUUCAGGGCUUCCCAGUAAUGUUCAUCGACGUCCUCUCCGGCUAUGAAGAGCAAGACCCCCGAGGCACGUCUUUUGGCAAUUCCACCGAAAGAGCCUACAUCACAGAAGGCGUGGUAGCAUUAAUGCGGGAAAUGUCCGUAGCCGCCACGGACAUUGGCAUCAUCUCACCGUAUCGUUAUCAGUCCAGAAUGAUCCUCGAAGACCUGAAAAAGCAUUCCGAACUGAAGCAUCACAUCGACGACCUCACCGUCGACUCGGUGGAACGAUUCCAGGGCUCGGAACGCAAAGUCAUCUUCAUGACAUGCACAAGAACCAACUCACUUGGCUUCGUGGCCUGUUCGUUGAGGCUGAAUACCUCGAUCACCAGAGCACAACAAUUACUUGUCAUCGUGGGCAACAGCAACGCUUUGAGACGACACGAUGCCUGGAGAAAGUUCAUCGAUUAUUGUAAAGAAAAUGGCAGUUACAAGGCCUCGGAUUGA